UCUCAUCAUUAUAAAACGAGACAAUUUACGAGUUGAUCUCAACAAAAUCAUUAAGUCGAACGGGCUCCAAAUAAACGAUUAAACGAUGAAAGCAUCCAAAGAUAAUAAUUGCAGAGUGGGCUCGCUAGUGAUGAUAAUCGACUGUGUGGGCUCGCAAGCCCAGAGGCCCCAUUGUUUUGGACAUGCUUUCUUUUUCGUUCUUUUACUUUGCUUUCCCCCACGUGAAAAACUAAUGUAAAUAUCUGACUGCUAACUUUGUCUUCCUUUGUUCCUUCUUCUCGUUUCUUUUGUAUACAAAUACAAAACGGCUAAAUUGCAAGUUUGGUCACUUGAAUUACUAGUAAAUUUUACGUUAGCCAUUAGAAUUACUUUAUUCCAUCUGUAGUCACUUAAAUUGGGUUAAUAGUCCAAGUUUGAUCACUCGCUGUUAGUCUCCGUUAACUUUUGCUGAUGUAGCGAUCAACUCUCACUGUUGACCGUUAAGUGAGUGACGUGGCAAUUAAAAAAUAAUAAAUAAUAAAAUUUAAUUUUUAAUAAUUUCCACCUCGUUAUUAAAAAAAAUAAAUAAAUAAAAUGUCACAAGCAACAGCAAGGACGGAGGAUGAUUCUACUCCGUCGAGGUCGUCAGCUCCGACCACGUCUCCCUCUCCAAAAUCGACACCAUCUAGAGACUUGAGCACAGUUCUUAAAGGGAAGCCUCUGAUUCUGAAUAUCGAAUUGAUGUUGGUUUUUCCCAUCACAAUAUCGGGACAGGCGUGGAAGGUCGUCGUCUGCAGCAAGGGAACCACCACCAAUGUCCAUUUCCGUCCUCAUUUCUUUGUUUCCUAGGCGGCAGAUGGUUUGGGUUUUCCUUCUUUUCUUCUGAAAGCUGUCGAGGAGAGAGCGUUUUUCUGGUAAGUGGUGGUGAUGCGACGCGGCUACUCCUCCGCCGCCACCUAGUACGAUUCCGGCGACGAGAUUCCAGCUCAACCUCCAGGUACGAUUCCGACGACGAGUCGCACAAAUACCUAGCCGAUUCAGAAACCAAUCCAGCGAGGACUCCUUCGAUCCGGAAACAAAUACCUAGUCGAUUCCUCCGAUGCCAUCUUCGAUCGAGCUAGAGGAGCCGAUGGCUCUGCUUCUGGCCGAGCCCGUGUGGGAAGACGAGGCGACAACUGGACUCCAAUCCUUCCAUGAGUGCGAGGGUGAAAACAACAGCAACCUCUACUCUUCCUCCGACGACUAUUUCCACACCCUGCUGCUGGGCGCCCUUAGUAAAUAUUUGGUGAUGUGGGUUUCUGUAAUAAGCUCUCAGCUUCCUUCCUGUGUGUUAAUUAGGAUGAUGAUAAGAUGAAGGAGAAGAUGACGAAAGGGUGGACAGUGGUUUCUUCUCUUUUGGGUUUGCAGAGAAAAGAAGGAAAUGAAAAAUAAAAAAUAAAUAUAUUUCAUUUAAUUUUUAUAAUAAUUAGGUGAAAAAUAAAAUUAAUUUUUUUAUUUUUUUAAUUGCCACGUCACUUACUUAACAGUCAACAGUGAGAGUUGCCUGCCACAUCAGCAAAAGUUAACGGAGACUAACGGUCAGUGACCAAACUUGGACUGUUAACCCAACUUAAAUGACUACGAAUGGAAUAAAGUAAUUCUAGUGGCUAACAUAAAAUUUACUAGUAAUUCAAGUGACCAAACUUGCAAUUAAGCCAAUACAAAACUACUAGCCUCAGUCUGUCUGUCCACUCUCUUUCUCGAUUUUUCUCUUUCCAGGCACGUUUGGACAUUGGUCCUCGUUGUUCUUUGUUGGACUCUUGUGUAUAUUUCCUUUUAUUGGAAAAAUUAUUAUGGUUCCGCAUGCAAAAGCAUAUAAUUUUGGAUAGGUAGAAUAAAGCAUAACCGAUUUGGUCACCAGAAAAUAUCAGUUUUUUGUGAAUAAAUAUAUCUGUUUUUAUUCGAGUUAAUAUUCUAUUUUGAUCUCGACGUUUUUUUGGUAAGAAAUGAAUAGCUAAAAAGCGUUCCAACCGCUAAUUAUUAAAUAAUGUGAAGGGUAGAUCUCCUAUCUGAUUAAAGUACAAUCAGUGGUUCUCAAAGAAAAUAAGAAGUCAAAAUAUGUUUUUCCAACUUUGCUAUUCAACCAUUAUAAUACUAUUGAAACUCGAUUCAAGACCACGAUGGCACAAAGUUCUUAUCUCUUACUCUCUCUGAACUUCUCCCCUUUGAGUCGCUCCCCCUCCCGUAUGGAUGGCAAACUCAUCCUCUCCGGUAGGGUUUUACCCGAUCCAGGUCGAAUUGGGGUGGAUUUUACUGGACUUGUUUCUUAAUAGGUGGGUCCAACCCAAUCUGCUUCCAAGUCAGAACAGGUUUGGAUUCGGAUUGAGUAGUAUCUGGUCCAUUUCGAACCAUUUUCAUCCCUACCGUUGUCAAGAAAUUGGUAUGAAAGAAAUAUUUUGAAGAGUAAAUGAAUCCCUCUCUGUAGGGUGUUAUUUGCCCCUACUACAAAAUUUACUGGUAGGAUCGAGUAAAUCAUUUCCUAGAGUCCCUCCAAUCAAAGUCUGGAAGGAGCAAUCUUACAGGAUGUUGUGUUUGUAUUUUGAUAAUGAAACGAGAAAAAGAAGAUGAACAUUAGGAAGAAGUCAGCACCCAUCAAACUUUUAUUGUGAAAAGACAGUUCCCUUCUGAAGGGUUGUGUCAUUUCAAAAAAUUCAAUAUUAAUUAAUUAUCCAAAAUCAAUUACUCAUAAUAUAAUUUUAGAAAUCCAAAAUUAAGUAAUCAAACUGCCAAAAAUCAAUUGAAGAACGCUAAGUGUUAAGUGGGUAGUGCGAUUAAAUAUAUCUAAUUAAAUUGCACACACUUUUCUCAAUAAAAACCAUUAACCACUUUUUUUAUGAAUCCAAUAAGUAAAGUAGAAAGUAGACUUAUAAACCACCUGCACUUUCCUUCUCCCACCAAUUUGGCAUUUCCGCUCUUAUGACUACUCUAAGACCAUCCACAAUGGUUGAGUGGAAAAAAUGGGUGGAAAGGGUGGGAAAAAUGAGUUUUUUGGGUUUGGGGGUCGGAAAACCCACAAUGGGUUGAGAGGGAAAAAUGGGAGAAGUGUUUUUUGAUCAAAUUAGUUUAGUGUUGAUUUUAUCACUUUACUUAAAUAAUUUGAUCAAUUAUUUUAUACAGUUAGUAAUAAUUAAUUAAGACGGACAUUGUGA